AUGGCUGAUACGAACGAAAUAGAAAAAAGUGUUUUAACAAUAAUACUGGAUGUAAAUCCUCUGCAGCGCUUGGUCAGAAAUGACCCCAAAGUAAUGACGCAGUGUAUUGAUGCAGUUAUAGUCUUCGCAAAUGCACAUUUGAUGGAAUCGUCAAUGAACGAGCUGGCAGUUUUAGCUUGUCAUGGCCAGGGCGCUAAAUUUUUAUACCCAAAACCCGAUAAGCCGAUUGAGAUACGUCAGUUCGAUGGCCAGUAUGAAAAGUUAACUCUAGUUGAACGAACAGUUCGCUUUCAGUUACAGGAAACUAUCAAUGAGUUAUUACAGUGUGGUAAUUUGCGUAACGAAAGCUUAAUAUCUGGCGCGUUAUCAUUAGCGCUCUGCUAUAUAUCACGUUUGGAGCGUGAUAAAGCGCCCGGUGAAAAAUUACAUUCUCGAGUAUUAAUUGUUACAGGAAGUAAUGACUCUGCGACGCAGUAUAUGAAUUAUAUGAAUAUCUUCUUCACAUCGCAAAAAAUGGGAGUUGUGAUAGAUGUAUGCAGUCUCGAUCAAGAAUUGACGUUAUUACAACAAGCUUGUGAUAUUACUGGUGGAAAUUAUUUAAAAAUAUCUCAAUUCGCUGGUUUAUUGCAGUAUUUGUUGUGGGUAUUUCUACCAGAUCCAGCAGUACGUACAAAACUAGUACUACCACCGCCAGUUAAGGUUGAUUACCGUGCUGCGUGCUUUUGCCAUCACGAGUUGAUUGAUAUUGGUUACGUCUGUUCAAUUUGUCUUUCAAUUUUUUGUAAAUUCAGUCCGAUUUGCACAACAUGCCACACAUUAUUCAAAGCACCGGCGCCAAUUCCUGCGAAGAUGAAAAAGAAAAAGAAGCACUCUGAUGUUGUUCAUUAA